AUGGUGAGAGGACAUCUUUUUGGUUCGAUACAUGGUCUCCUUAAUUUGGGUCCGCUGAUAGAUGUAACAGGUGAAAGAGGUUUCAUAGACAUGGGUAUAUCUCGACAUGCUACUGUUUCUCAGGCUUUAGCUACGAGAAGAAGGCGACAGCACCGCUCUAGCUCUCUAAACCAAAUUGAAAAUCUUCUCCAUACGCUCCGCGCUCGUGGUGAAGUGACAAAUGACGACAUCCCCCUGUGGAAGCUAACCGGUGAUGAGUAUAGACCUCUGUUUCAGUCAAAUAAGACUUGGAUGCUAAUUAGAGAAAAUGGGGUUGAGAACAGUUGGCACCGAGGAAUCUGGUUCCGCCAUUCCACCCCAAAAUAUGCUUUUUGUGCUUGGCUUGCUAUACACAAUAGACUGUCAACAGCGGACCGAAUGCAGAGCUGGAACACUGGAACGAAUACAACAUGUAUCCUCUGUCAGGACCCAAUGGAGACACGAGACCACCUCUUCUUCUCCUGCGGUUACUCGGCAGAAAUAUGGGAUGCGCUCAGCAAAGGUCUGCUCAAACGACGACACACUACAAGUUGGACCAGUCUCCUCUCAAUCAUAUCAGAUACAAGCCAAGAAAAGACCACUCUUUUCCUUGUUCGGUACGUCUUUCAAGCAACUCUGCAUAGCAUCUGGCAAGAGAGGAACUCGCGCCGCCAUGGCGAAAUCCCGACACUCCCGCGCCAACUGAUUCAGAUCAUUGACAAGAAUGUACGCAACAGAAUCCAAGCCGUAAGAAGCAUGCGGGACACCAAGUACGAAGACGCACUUCAAACCUGGUUUGGAGCUCGCUCAAUAUAG